AUGGGAACUCUUGAAAGACCAUUUUCUUCUUCUAUUCAAUCUUAUUCACAAAAUGACUCUCACUUAUCAACGUCUCAACAAUCUUCCGCACCUACAUUUUAUGAAUCAAGAAACGAACGAAGAUUGUUUGGACAUCCUCAUAUAUACCCACCUCCAUUUCCUCCUUCUAGAGCGAGAGACAGCAUUGAUACUAAGCAAAGUAUUAGUUUGUUAAAUUCGAAUUUAGGUUCUGACGAUAGUUCUGGAACAAAACGAGUGAAUAAAACUCAUGUUCCUAGCGCCUGUGUCAACUGUAAGAGAGCACACCUUGCAUGUGACGAUCCGCGUCCGUUACCUCCUAGAAACCCUGUGCACCAGCCUCGUCAUCAACCUUCAUACAAUGUAAAAUCACCAAAACUCAUUAAACAUAGUCCCAUCAUUACAAUGUUUUUGACAGUCGACAACGUUUCCUGUGCAAGAGUUUCGGAAGAAUGUCUUGGCAUUAUGGGAUAUUACCCGUUAGAAUUAUUGCAUAAAUCCUUAUAUAAUUACGUGCAUGCUCAAGACAUCGAAAGGGUACAAAAAUUGGUUUCUUCGUUAUACGAGGAUGCGUAUCGGUAUUGUCAAGCAUCCCAAUAUUCAUCAUCUAAUAAUACCCCCGUCACAUCCGAAGAUCCAGGAUUUUCACAAAUCAGCCCAGAAAUUUUACAACAUCCAGCUUCUAGGGGUCCAAUAAAUGACGUAUCUGAUUUGAUACACAUGAGACAAAGAAUAGGUCAAUAUGAUUUGUAUGAUGUAAGAAUGUAUUUUGGUGGUGGUCUCGGUGCAAAUUUGGCACGUAAAGAAACUUGGAAUAAAUUGUAUAUUGUGGGACGUUUCACUCGUGUCAAAAUUGGAACUUGCUUAACAAACGACGGGUCUAAUUACGUUCAACCAAGAAAUUCAGUUGCUGGAGGUUUUUCGACAUCAAACACAUCACCUUCAAAUAUCCCAAUUGAUCCCGAGCUAUUAAAUAUGCAUCAUAAUCACAUUGGUCCGUCCGGUUCGAGUUUAGGUGUUGGAAGAUCGGGUCUUAUAAGUCCCGUUUUGUCACCAAGAACUCCUGAAAUCGUUCCAGCACCUUUAUAUGAUGACUUACACCCUAUACCGAAUUAUACUUUCGGUCACAAAAAACCUCUUCACCCUCAUUCUUCGUACGAUCAUUUUUCACAAGAUCGUCGUUCGCAGGAUCAUCGUAACGUUUCUGAAACUUAUACUCCAUCUUAUUCACGUACAAAUCCAAAUAUUCCUCGACAUGAACCUCUUUAUUUACCCUCUUCAUCGAUGCCAGUCUAUUCAUCUUCAGGAUCACAAUCCUCAUCGUUAUUCGAAAGGCGCUCUUCGGCGUUUAAUAUGGUCAGGCCAUCUCCAAUCGAUGGUUCCUUAUCUUAUUACAGCGAAGCCGAUAAACAUUCAACAUACAUCAAUCGAUCAAAUCUAAAAGACGUGAUUGUUUCUUCUAUACCAAGAGCAUCAUCUUCACGUGUGGGCACAGUUCGAGAAGAAUGUUCUUCAACAAGGAUGAGCGGUUAUGUUGGUAUACUCGCAAUGGGAUGUGAUUUAUGA